GUGGAAGAGGUAGGAGAGGUAGUUGUGGGAAGAGGAUGGCCGAAGAAGAAGUCCAGCCACGAAAGUGGAAGCAGCACCCAUCAAAUUUCCCUCAGAAACAUAUGUAUUCAAAUCGAUCUGCUGCAAGUACAAUGGUAUGGUGAUGCUUGAUUACCUAUGGUCCAACGAGUUUUUUCUUCUUGGGUUAGACCAAACCCAAACAACAUCCUGGCUCCGUAAGCGUCCAAAUAAGUUCCGGCUCCAUGAAACAACAGAUGGAGAACUUGAAGUGUCUGUCAUCCUUCCGAAAGCACGUCUUUGCUUCGGUCACACUACUAAACUGGGGUGCCAGAAGGGAGACCAGUGUCAGUUCUUUCACCUCUGUCGGAACUUUGUCCAGGGAUCCUGUAGCCAUGGCUACAAGUGCAAAUUUGUACAUGAUCUGCAGAGUGAACAAGCUAGACGGCUUGUCCAUGAGCUUCAACUUGACUGCCUGACAGAUGAUCAGAUCUUCAACAUAAUACGCAACUCAGCACCUAAAGUAUGUCAGGCAUACAACACCAAAAUUUGCCUUGAAGCAGACCGCUGCCGUGACGUCCACGUGUGUUCGGAGUUCGUCAGAGGCCGUUGCGCUGAUGAUACAACAUGCGACCUGAACCAUGAGAGCUACUUCGACACUCCAGAAACACGAAAGAUUCUGUCAGAUUUCCGGAUGGCCAACACAGACCAGCGAGCAGUCAUCAAAACAUUACUGAUUCCUCCAACAACAGCAGCAGCGUCUCGAUCUUCAGUGCCAGGGUUUCCGCAAGCUACAGCCACAAAAAAGCCUGUAGCUAGUAUUGCUACACCUUCAGCACCCUCAGCUCUACAACCAAACAUACUUGCACCCACAUCAGUCCAAAUGGUCAAACCCAAGGCAACCUCAACACCAACAACUCUACAACCAAACAUACCCCCACCAGUCCAAGUGGUGAAAUCCAAGGCAACCUCAACGCCAACAAUUCUACCACCAAAUAUCAUACCCCCACUAUUACAAGUGCUGAUACCUAAAGCUACCUCAACAGCCACAAUGCUACAAGUAAACACAUCCUCAACAGCCCAGGUGAUGAAACCACAAGCCAAGGCUCCAGAUCCAAAUGAAGAACGCAUCUUAGACGGUGAUACGACCAUCUGUGAAGACUUCCUUGCAGGACAGUGUCUUAAGUCUCGACUGUGUGGCAAUCAUCACAUCAAGACUCCUUACUUGUGGCAGUACAAAGACUUCAAGAAUGAAUUAAGAUGUCAAGGUGCAGAGUGGGUGAGUUUCAGUCCUGAAGUUGUGGCAAAGAUUGAAGAGGUCUUUUCCCAACCAUCCAACCUCAGCUGUAAUCUUCUUAAUGUUGAUACACGUCUCUAUGGUUGGACGGUUCACUUUGACAAGAUGGAGCUGGAGAUAUCCGACUCCUACCCAAGUAAACGGGUGAAAAUCCGCCGCCUGUCGACCCCUUCAUCUGUGGAGUCCACCAGUGGUAGCUGGGCAACAAAAUGGGUGUGGUACUGGGACAACAAUGGUUCCUGGUGCCAGUAUGGCCAAAGUGUCAAGACUGGAACCUCAGCUUUUAUCACAUCUGAUGAUAUCGAGCGAGCGUACGUCACAAAACAGCCCACAUACAAGUUCCAGACCAACGAGUACCCCUACACACUGGACUUCACGGGAAUGUACCAGCUGAACAUGGAUACACGUUACUCCACAAGGAGAAAUGUGCGACGACGUCCGACGUUUGUCCCAUUUCAGUCAGCAAGCAGCAACACAAGAACAAGUCAUACAACCAGCCAGCCCUCAUCUGUGGCAAGAGGAUCUCUUCCCCCAACAUGGGAGACAAUGCCUCAGAAUGAAGCCUUCAUACGAGUCCGUCUGGCACCAAGAGAUCCAGAGUUUAUGGAGGUGGAGCAGCUCUUCAGACAGACAAUGAGACAUGACAUGAUCAUCCAUAAAAUAGAGAGGAUACAGAAUCCCCGCCUCUGGGAAAAAUACUCCAUGAAUAAACAACAGAUGAUGCAGAAGUCCAUGGAAAGUCGAUAUGGAAGAAGAACCCACUAUGGGUCUCCCCUAGAUGAAAGGAAGUUGUUCCAUGGCACAGACCCAGACAUCAUCAAGGGCAUCUGCCACCAGAACUUCGAUUUCCGUCUCAGCGGCAAAAAUGCAACAGUGUACGGCAAAGGGAGCUAUUUUGCAAAGAAUGCUGAUUACAGCCAUGCAUACUCAAGGGCUUCAUCUGACGGGACACGGUACAUGUUUCUGGCUAACGUGUUGGUCGGUAAGUACACCAGGGGAGAACAAAACAUCCCACGCCCCCCUCCCAUUGACCCAAGCGAUCCUUACGGUGACCUCUACGACUCGUGUGUGAAUAACGAAGCCAACCCAACAAUCUUUGUGGUCUUCAAAGAUGACCAGUGCUAUCCCGCCUACCUGAUCAAAUAUGCCGACCAGAAUGAUAUAGGUGCUGCUGACCUGUUUGAUCCAUUAGGACGCUACUCCUACACAUCUCGUCGUGUUCAAGGUCCGUCUAGUCCGUCAGUGGCAACAAAUGUAGGAGCUGGAACUUCCCGUUCUACUUCUUACUCAGCCUAUGGUAGGCAAGGCACAGCUACAAGCUCGCCUACUCGACAGUCUACAUCUUCAACUUCAUACCCACAGUAUGGUGGACAAAGUCAGUCCCCAGGUUACCCAACAUCACAGAGUACCAGUUCACCUGCCCACCAGACCUGGAGAGCAAACAUGCAUUUGAUACAGCCACAGCAAGCUUCUCAACAGUCUAGUUCAGCCUCUGGGUCUCCCAACAAGAAACAAGGCUGCAGUAUACAGUGAUAGGUUGGUACUGGACUUGCCGACAAUUCGUAAUUCUCAAGACAGUGAAGACCUGAUUCACAACAUAAAUGAAUUAACUUACUAAAGGAAACUUCAAUUGUUUAAUGUGUUCAGUGCAGAAAUGAAGCAAUGGAUAUAGAUAACAGCUAUAGCAUAAUAUGUUGACUGUAAUUUGCUGUGAACUAUUUUGAGAGCAUGCAAUUAAACAAAUUGGAAAUGUUUAAGCAGAUGAAGUGCCUUGUAACACUGAACAAAGAAGGAAGUGAAAACGAAUCAAAUAUGGAAAUAUCAAAUGUAAAGUGAACACUCUAGCUUCAUGUAUAAAUGGGAUAUGUUUCACUUUUCUAGUUAUAGAUUUGUGCUCUGCAUCAAUGGGCUGAAUGUGCUUUUAGUGUUUAGGAGGCUGAUAUUUUGCUUAACCUAAUAGGUAACUGUUUCAAAAUGUUAGGAAUGCUAAAAAAGAUUGAUCACAGGAAAUUUAGAUCAUGCAACAUAUUUGAUCUUAAAACAAGUACAUAUCUAUAACGUUGUAAGAAUAUACAUUCAAUUAUCUCUGAAACAGAUAUCAAAAUGUUUUUCUUUCAUCAAAAUAUUCAGAUGACAAGUUUGUAGCCAAUUCAACUUCUCAUUCUAUAAGCUGUCUGUUUUAGGUUUUUGCAGAUAACUUUGUAUAAAUUACUAUAAAUUCUGUUUGGGACUUUCCAUUGGCAACCAAAAAUUGUAUUGUACCACACAGUACAAAUCAUACGACAAACAGGCAAUUCCCAUUUAUGAGAGAGAUUUUAUUUACAAUAAUAACAUUCACAUUUACAAACAACUUUCAUUUCUUCCUUAUAUAUCAGCAGCAUAACAAGGAGAUAUACCAAGAGUAAGUGUUAGACUAUAGGUGCCAAACAACUGCAUUGUAAACUGAACAAUCCAUACUUAGGAAAAGUGCUGCAACUAUUUUUUUUACCUUGAGCUCAGUUUAAACUUAGAUUUUACCCCAUUCAUGCCGGACACAUUAUUUUCUCACAACUGAU